CAAAAAAAAUGACAAAACGUAAAAUAUUAUCUCUUAUAAGUAAAAUUUUUGAUCCCCUUGGACUUUUAGGACCUUGUAUUGUGCAAGCAAAAAUUUUAAUGCAAAAACUAUGGGUUAAAAAAUACAGUUGGGAUGAAGAAGUUUCAAAAGAAACGCAAAAGUCUUUUUUAAAUUUUACAUCUUCCCUUACUUCUCUCAAGUCACUUCGCAUUCCACGGUGGGUUUGUACUAAUAACAUGUUGUUAUUAGAAUUGCACACCUUUUCAGAUGCUUCAGAGCGCGCUUACGGCGCGUGUGUCUAUGUAAGAGUGGUUGACACUAAUAGCAAAGUACAAGUUCGUCUUUUAACUUCUAAAAAUAAAGUGGCACCUUUAAAGCCUACCACAAUCCCUAGGUUAGAGCUUUGUGGUUCGCUCCUUGCCACCAGGCUCCAUGCAAAAGUGAUAUCAUCGUUAUCAAUUAAAAUAAAUAAUUCCUACUUUUGGACCGAUUCUACUAUCGUGUUGGCAUGGCUUAAAAUUCAAUCGAAUCAAUUAAAAAUGUUUGUUCGGACUCGAGUGGGUGAGAUACAAGACAGCACUGCCGGUCACAGAUGGUGCUACGUUCCAUCUAAAGAGAACCCUGCAGAUCUAGUUUCUCGAGGGGUCAUAGCUGACAGCAUUAAUUCUCGUACUUUAUGGUGGUCUGGUCCAGAUUUUCUAAAGUCUAAGAAUAUAGAAUUUCCGAUCAUACCAAACACACACUCAGAUACACAUUCAGAAAUCAUCUUACAUACUACUACACAAAAUGAUAGCACAAACUUACCAACAAACAUACUACAUAAUUUCAUAAAUAGCAAAUCAAAUUAUACAUACUUAAUAAGAUCAUUUGCAUAUAUACAAAGAUUUAUUUACAAUUGUAGAAAUCCUAAAAAUAAACAUAUUAAAUCUUUAUCUACAACAGAGUUACAAAAUUCUGAAAAUUACUUAUUACAAUUCGUUCAACAAAUAAUGUUUGCUGAUGAAUACAUAUUAUUAAAAGCAAACAGGCCUCUCCCUAAAAAUAGUAGGUUAAACUCAUUAUCACCCUUUAUGGACUCAAAUAAAUUAAUAAGAGUUGGUGGUCGUCUUAAAAAUUCUUGUUAUACAUUUGACGUAAAACACCCAAUCCUACUAUGCAGCAAACAUAAUUUGACACAAAUCAUUUUUCAAAAAGAACACAUAAGACUUAUGCAUGCCGGACCUCAGUUACUUUUGUCUCAUGUGAGACAAAAAUAUUGGCCACUGGGGGGGAGGAACCUUGCCAGACGCGUCGUGCAUGGUUGUGUACGUUGCUUUAGGUUCAAAGCUAAGCCGUUUCAACCCGUUAUGGGUGACUUACCCAAAGAUAGAACUAAAUUAGAAUUUCCUUUUUUACACACUGGUGUUGAUUAUGCUGGGCCAGUGUUGAUAGCCAACCGUAAGGGCAGGGGUGCUAAAUUAACAAAAGCUUAUAUUUGCAUUUUUGUUUGUUUUGCAGUAAAAGCAUUGCACCUGGAGCUGCUCACGGAUCUUACAAAGGAGGCAUUCCUUGCAGCGUUCCUGAGAUUUAUUAGUCGACACGGAAAGCCAAUUUCGGUGACGUCAGAUAAUUCGACGACAUUCAUAGGAGCUAGUAACGAUCUUACAUCAUUUUUUAGUCAAUGCUCAGAAAACAUUAAAAAUGAAUUAAGUAAUAGGGGUAUUGAAUUUAAAACCAUUCCCCAUUACACACCUCAUUUUGGUGGUCUUUGGGAAGCGGCGGUUAAGUCUGUGAAACAUCACCUUAGACGUAUUCUAACACUCACAAACUUAACCUACGAAGAGAUGUCAACUUGUUUGAUUCAAAUAGAGGCUAUCCUUAAUUCUAGACCUCUCACUCCUCUGUCCUCGGAUCCUUCAGAUCUUACAUGCCUUACACCCGCUCACUUCCUUAUAGGGCGUUCACUGUUGACAGUUCCCCGUCCUCCGGUCAGCGACGCUAAUAUCAAUCGCUUGGACCGCUACGAGAGGAUCGAGAAACUAAAACAGCAUUUUUGGACAAGAUUCUCAACUGAAUACAUUUCUCUCCUCCAGCAACGCUCCAAGUGGCGGUCUUCUUCAAGUUCUCUCCAGCUCGGCUCUAUGGUUCUCGUGAAGGAGAAGAACCAACCACCACUUCUGUGGCAGCUGGGCAGAGUCGUCAAGCUGCAUCCAGGCAAGGAUGGUGUCAACCGGGUUGCCGACAUCAAGACCAGGAAGGGCAUCAUUCAGAGGGCCUUCAAUAACAUCUGCCCCCUUCCAAUCUCUUCAUAAAGUUGAAUGUCUUCAACGUUCCCCGGGCAGUAUGUUCGAUGCCCACUAGUAUGCAUCGAAACCGGUCCGCGGGUCGCGGGCUCCGCGGGGGGCGA